AUGACUGGACCAGGAGCAGCAGCAGCAGCAGCAGCAGCAGCAGCCGCGGCAGCAGCAGGGACAGAGCAGCAGCCAGUCGCCGCUGCUGCCGCAGCAGCAGCCUGCAGCACCGGCAGCCCUGCUGCAGCUCUUCCCCCCCGGAGGCCCUUGCAGCCCCCCCCCCAGCAGCAGCAGCAGCAGCAGCAGCAGCAGCAGCAGCAGCGGGGGGGGCCCCCCGGGGGGCCCCCUGGGGGCCCCCACUCAGCAGAACAAGUUGUCCUUUCUGACACAACCAGCGGGGCGUGGGCGCAUGCGGAGGAACACGAGCUACAGCAGCAGCAGCCGCAGCAAGAGCAGCAGCAGCAGCAGCAGCAGCAGCAGCAAGAGCAAGAACAGGAGCAGCAAGGAAGGGAGCACCUCGUGCAGCAACAAGACCAGCGGCAAGAGCAGCAGCAAGAACAGCAGCGAGAGCAGCAGCAACAACAGCAGCAAGAGCAGCAGCAAGAGCAGGACGACGCCUCACCUAAGUCUGGUCAUCAGCUGCAGCAGCAGCAGCAGCAGCAGCAGCAGCAGCAGCAGCUGCAGCAGCAGCAGCAGCAACGAGAAGCAGCCAGUUCUGGUGUCCUGGCUCAGCUGUCGACCACUUCUGCGCUGCAGGAGUCAACAGAAGUAGAGAAGGCAGCAGCAGCUCCUGCUGCUGCUUCUGCUGCUGCUGCUGCUGCUGCUGCUGCUGAAGAGCUAAAAUCUAGAGAGACACAAAGUGAGACAGAAGAAAAACAAAUGGAGACAGAAAAAGAGACAGAAGAAGAUAUCAAAACUUGGUGGCAAAUAUGCCCCUUAUCCAAGUGGCUGCUGCUGCUGUUUUUGUGGCUGGCGGACGUGGGCCUCGCUGUCGUCAGGGGCAGCAAGUACUCCAGGAUGCACAUUGUGCCGUUUUGCGGGUGGGAGUACUGGCUGCUGUACGUGUGCGGCGCGCUGCUGCUGCUGCUUGCUGCUGCUUACCAAGGCUUGCUGCUGGUGUUAAGAGACAAAAAAAGAGCAGCAGCAAAUGGACCCCACAUCAAAGGAGACAUUAUUUUCACUAAGAGAAUAGCCCUCAGGUUCUACCUCCAAAGCAUCUCCGCAGGCAUCGUCGGAGGCAUUGUGGGGAUCGGAGGGUCGAUGGUGAUGGGCCCGUUGAUGCUUUCGCGGGGCAUGCUGCCAGCUGUAGUGACAGCUGUCAACACUGCUGCAGUGCUCAGCAGCAGCAGCAGCGCAGCAGCAAAAACUCUCAUCAGCGGAGCAGUUCCUUGGGACUAUUGUCUUCUUUUCUUUUGUCUUUGCUUCGCCGCCGCCCUCGCCGGCAAGUUCCUCGUCGACAAAGUCGUUAAACGGAAGAAAGCCGACCACUAUUUGGUCUUGUUCCUCCUCGCCAUGAUCUUCGGUUCCAUGGCAUGCAUGCUCGUUUCAGGUAUUACUGCCAUUGUCAGAAACGACAGACAAACUUUCCAGGGGCCCUGCUGA